AUGUUAAAAAUCGCGAUUGUAUUGGUGACUCUAUCCUCCACCCUGGCUGCCAAUAUUCCCGGGGGCCUAUUGCCUCAAUUAAAUGGUCGCAUUGUUGGCGGUGUGGCCACCGACAUUAGUUCUUAUCCCUGGCAAAUAUCCCUACAACGUAGUGGCUAUCAUUCCUGUGGAGGUUCAAUUUAUUCCAAGAACAUUGUCAUAACCUCUGCCCAUUGCAUGCAGGAUGUUACUAUUUCUGUACUCAAAGUUCGUGCAGGAUCUUCACAGUGGAAUGAAGGAGGUAUUUUACUUAACAUAGCCUCGUUUAAGACCCAUGAAGGUUUCAGCAGCUGGUCAAUGGUAAAUGAUGUUGCUGUUCUCAGAUUAAGUUCUUCCCUGAUUUUUAGUCCCACAAUACGGUCAAUUGCUUUGGCCACCAAGUCACCUUUGGAUAAUGCAGCAGCUGUUGUUACGGGAUGGGGUGCACGUUCAUUUGAAUCGGGUGUUUUGGCAAAUACUUUGCAAUAUGUUAAUGUCAGUAUUGUAAGUAAUGUGGAAUGCCGUUCUCCCGUCUAUGGUUAUGGUUGGCAAAUUCAACCCACCAUGCUGUGUGCCUAUGCCAAGGGUAAGGAUGCCUUUCAAGGUGAUUCAGGGGGACCAUUGGUAUCCGGAGGCCAAUUAGUUGGUGUUGUUUCAUGGGGUUAUGGUUGUGCAUUGCCCAAUUAUCCUGGGGUAUAUGCUGAUGUUGCUGUCCUCAGGCCUUGGAUUAUUAGGGCUGCUUCGUCGAUUUGA